AAAAAAAAAACCUAGAAAAAUAAUAAACCACUGUAAUCGAUAAUGUUAUUUUGUUUUUUUAGAAAUCGUCGAAUCCACAUACGUGUGAAUCAAUCGCUUCUAUCGAUGUUAUAUCACUUUUUCAAUCGAAUAAUCUACGUCAACAAGCAUUAACUGUAACGUCCAUACAAUCUAACACAUCAAUAAAAAGACCUAAACCACAAAUAUCAAGACAAUUAUUAGAAAGUUUAGUGAGUGCCAUUGAUUCCAACAUGCCUUUAGCACAGAAUUAUAAAGAUGAUGUAUCAUUACUUGAAUCUGAAGCUGCUUUAUCAACAACACAAAUGCCUUGUAACAAUAUGGAAUUUAAUAUGCGUCAGGAAACUAAUACAAAAGUUAAUGUAAGAAAAUAUUUGUAA